CCGGUUGACAGCCAAAAGCAAGAUGCGUUCCGUUACGCUUAAGGAUGUUGAACAAGACAAGGUCGUCAAGACCGUCGCUGCCCACUUGAAAAAGACGGGCAAGGUCAAGGUCCCAGAACACAUGGACCUUGUGAAGACCGCUCGCUUCAAGGAGCUGGCUCCCUACGACCCCGACUGGUUCUACGUACGCUGUGCCGCCAUCCUGCGUCACAUCUACAUCCGCUCCCCCGUCGGAGUCAAGACCGUCACCAAGAUCUUUGGUGGCCGCAAACGUAAUCCUUAA